CAUAAAACAUGUUGUUUUGCAUCUUUUGGUGCUUUACGUAAAAUGGAAUUAGAACAUGGGGAAAUUUCUGAAUCUCUUUUCCACCCACUUUAUUGAGAUUUAACACACUGUACAGUCUUAAGUAGCAUUUAGUAUAUUCAGUUACGCAUCCAUCAGCACAAUGAAUUUUAGAGUUUUUCAUGAUCCCAAAGAGGAACCUUGGUAGUGGUUGGCUAUCACCUCCCCCCAGUCCAGUGCUGGGUGACUAUUUCUGACUGUAGAUUUGCCUAUUCUGGACAAUUCAUAUAAAUGAAAUCACAGUGUGACCUUCCUCACUGGCUUUGACUUAGCAUGACUUUUUCAGGGUUGUAGCAUGUACCUGUGGUUCAUCAUAUAUUUAGUCAAACAUUUGGGGCUUUUGUUCUUUUAGCUACUAUUAGUGUUGCUGUGAAUUAUAAAAGUUCUUGUGUGGGCAUAUUUUCCUUUCACUUGGGUGUAUACCAAGAGUGGAAUUCCAGGGUCAUAAGGUAAUUUUAGUGAACACUGGAGGAACUGCAGGACUCCUAAAGCAGUGCCGUUUACAGUGCGACCUGCGCAGUGUAUGAAGGUUCGAAUUUCUUCAUCGCCUAGAUUUCGCUGAUUAUAGCUGUCCUAGUGGGAGGAAAGUUGUAUACCCAUUUCUUGUAAAAAUACCCGCUCAAAGCUGACGAUGUUAAUUUCCCCUGCUCUUGAAUUUAAGACCCUUGUAGCAGGGUGAGUAGCUUACCCACAACUGCGUUCCAAAACAGCCUAAUCGUCACCGCAAGCUUCCCUGUUGGUGGUGAGUCACCGGUACAGGCGCUUAUCCUCUCCUGGGUCCGCGUCGUAGAUCUUGUUCCGGUGACCUGGAGACUGGGAAGCACGGCGCUUCUCCACCCGCAAGCUCUAAGCUGACUGCCGGGGCUGCGCCGGAAGCCGCCUGCGUCCCCGCAGGGCGUCACCGUUACGUCGGGUGCGUCCUUAGGCUGACGCAGGCGCGCCUUUGUCGGUCCCUCUUCCGGUGCUUGUUGGUUCAGGAUCUCAGGCCUGGGACAAUGGUGUGCAUUCCCUGCAUCGUCAUUCCAGUUCUGCUCUGGGUCUACAAAAAGUUCCUGGAACCAUAUAUAUACCCUCUGAUUUCCCCCUUUGUUAGUCGUAUGUGGCCUAGGAAAGCUAUACAAGAAUCCAAUGAUAAAAACAAAGGCAAAAUAGACUGUAAGGGUGCAGACAUAAAUGGAUUACCGACAAGAGGACCAACAGAAGUCUCUGAUAAAAAGAAAGACUAAAGUGAUGGUCCCAAAGGAUCUCAUUGUUUUAAAAAUGGAUCUGAUAGUAUGAAGCACCUUCUUUGUACUUGUCUCUGAUCUUUUUCCCUGAAACCGGAAUUUGGGUUAGAUAGUUUAGAUAUUUACCUGACACUAAUCAGGAAAUACCUGGUAUUUGUAUUUAAAAUGUAGCUAGUUAUAUUUAAUGACAUCAUUCCUGAGCUCCUUUUUCAUUAAAGUAGCUUUCAUUUCUUUUAUUGCAGUUUUAAAAAUAUGAAUAAAGAAAAGGUUCCUGCUAGUAGACUCUGUUACUAAAUCAGUCCCUAAAAAUCCUUGGGCCUCUAGCUUUUAUACAGGCUCUUCAACUUGAGGAGUAUAAUUUUACUGUGAAAGAGUGCAGUGAGACUGUGCAGUGAAAUGAAAGGUAGUUUUUGGAGAUGAUAAUUACUUGAAACAUAAAGAUGUAAUUACUAUCUCACUCAAUGGAGCAGCUUAUCUAUGAGAGUAGUAAUUACUGUUUAUUGCUCUGAGGAAGAUAGAAAAGACAGGGAAAUGGGGUAACCUCUGAAAAAUGGAACAUCUUUUACGUAGAUGGCUAAUGUAUAUUAUAAAAUUCUAAUUCUUGUCGCAUUCCUUCUGUUCCUAUGAAUGUAUUAAAUAUUCAGUUUAGCUUGU